AUGCAUCUCUUCGCUCUCAGCUGCUUGGCCUCUUUGCUGUCUUGUGCUGCUGUGGCAGCCGAGGCGUCCCAUGCCUCAACGACCAUCGAAAAGCGAGCUGUUCCCUCCGGCUUCGUCACCACGAACGGAGCUCAGUUUGACUUGGACGGAGAACCGUUUUACUUCGUUGGCGCUAACUCAUUCUGGCUUCCGCUCUUGCUUACCCAAGACGAUGUUGAUGCUACAUUCCAAACCAUGCAAAGUGCUGGGGUACAGGUUGUGCGCACCUGGGCCUUCAACGCCAUCAAUGCGACGGAACUUCCCUAUGCGCUUGAAUCUGGCCUUACCUACUAUCAAGUCUGGAACAACAGUGACUGGACUCUCAAUGAAGGCUCACAAGGAUUGGAGCGACUGGACUAUGUCGUUGAAACUGCGGGCAAAUACGGCAUUCGCCUCAUUCUAACAUUCACAAACAAUUGGUUCGGCUACGGAGGAGCGGAACUCUACAUCUACCAUAUCUUGGGCAACACUGCAAUAACUCAUGACGAGUUUUACACGAACCCGACCAUCAUAGCUUCCUACCAGCGAUACGCACAAACAAUCGUUGAGCGCUACAAGGACUCUCCAAAUGUGUUCGCCUGGGAGCUGAUGAACGAGGCUCGCUGCGCAGGCGAUACUCUCCCAUCAGGUCCGGAUUGCGUGCCCGGCUCCGAGACUCUGACCACCUGGUAUCAGCUUCAGUCCGACUAUGUCCGCAGCCUCGAUCCGUACCACAUGAUCACGACAGGUGGAGAGGCCGGGGAGGACUUUGAGGCUAGCCUUGCACUGCCCAACAUCGACUUCGGCACAUACCACAUGUACCCUCAGACCUGGUAUCCAGAGCUGGACUACCCUGGCUCUAACUUCUCGGUGGAGGAAUGGGGCUUGGGAUGGAUCGAAGCGCAUGCGAACACUGCAGCAUACGUUGGUAAACCUCUCCUCAUUGAGGAGUUCGGCGUGACAGGGUUGGAGAACAAGACGGAGAUAUACCCUGUCUGGGUUGGCUAUGCUUUGGCAUCAGGACAUGCCAUUGAACCUUGGCAGUUCGGCGAAUUGAACUUGACAGAGGACGGUGGUAAUCGUGUCAUCAAAUAUACCGACCAAAUCUACCAAGGGGCUUCGCCGAACGAUGGCUUCACAUUUUACAUCAACCAGACUGCCGUUUGGGACGUCUUCACGGCGGCUGCUGUUGUGCAAGGCUAUCGAUCGGGCCCAUAG